CUGAAGCAGUUGCUCACCUUUGUUCACAGGCGGCAACGAAAAAGUUGACGGCAAAAAAAAAAAAACCAGAAGAAAAAAUCAGUUAAUCAUAAUGUUGGACAUUUGAUAAGAUUGUAUACAUUGCAAAAAGAUUUUUUUCAAGAUAAAACCACAAAUGGAACAAUGCUGAAAAAAAAUCUAUGAAAAGUAAAGAAAAGAGGUACAAGAUUGAGUGUGAUGGUACAGGAGGAUUCCUUCACCAGAUGUUAACAGGCUUUCUCAAAUUUUUCUGUGGCAGUUGACUUCCUUUGAAUUUUUGGGUUGAUGGAAAGGGCAUAGUCUGUUGUAAGACAUUAUUUUCGAUUGAUUGCAUUUUUUUUGCUGUUGGACAUAUAACUUCUGAUUUCUUCUUCAAGAAUUAAUUGCCUGUGGAAUAUUAGAGAAGUUUUGUGAGAGAUAAAGAAAUUGUUUAUUCUAUGGAUUUAUGUGUUAUUUAUCUAUGUUGAUUCUGGGAAUUAUUUGAAUUAAGAAAGAAGGAUUUAUUCAUUGGUGCCUUACAUUUUAUUUUGAUAUCUAUAUUGGAUAUGUAAGAAUUGGUAUACCUAGAAGCAAUUGAGGUCAGGUGAUAUCAUAUCACCAUGACGACAGAGAAGAGCCUCCUUGAGUUUAUGGAGGAGGCGGAGUUGGACCAUUACUACCAAGCCCUGAAGGACCAACUGAAGAUAAAUGCCAUUCACCAAUUAAAGUAUGUGGAGGAAGAAGACUUAAAUGACAUAGGCAUGACAAAACCAGAGAUGAGACGACUGAAGAAAAUGUACAAGAAAGAAUUUCCUGCUGGUGCUCUGGGAAAGUUAAAAAAGGCAAUUUUAACUCGAUCAGGUGGAGACAUAGGACGAUCAUUGAGUCCAUCACCUCCAGAACAAAGAUCUCCUCGACCUUCAUCCUACAUCAGACCUCCUUGUAAACAAAUCAUACCUGCUAAUUCAAUCCAGAUCAAUAAAACUCUUGGAGAAGGGGAGUUUGGUGUUGUACAGCAAGGGUUAUGGACUACAGAGACAGGAGAAAAAGUCCAAGUUGCAAUAAAAUGCCUUACAAAAGAAAAGAUGCACACAGGAACGACAGAAUUUUUAAAGGAGGCUAAUAUUAUGCAGAAUGUAGACCAUGAAAAUAUUGUUAGAAUGUAUGGUGUUGUAUUAGAUAAAGAUGAUUCCUUAAUGUUGGUAACAGAAUUAGCUCCAAUGAGAUCAUUAUUAGAGUGCCUAAAAGAACAAUCAUUACGAACUGACUUUCCUUUACCAAGACUUUGUGAUUUUGCUCAAGAAAUUUGUGAUGGAAUGAGUUAUUUAGAAAGUAAACGUUUAAUUCAUAGGGAUUUAGCUGCAAGAAAUAUAUUGGUUUUUAGUAAAUCUAAGGUAAAAAUAAGUGACUUUGGAUUAUCUCGAGCCUUAGGUGUUGGUAAAGAUUACUAUCAAAGUAAUUUUAGUCUAAACUUGAAAUUGCCUAUAGCUUGGUGUGCACCAGAGUGUAUAAAUUAUUUAAAAUUCACCUCAGCCAGUGAUAUUUGGGCAUUUGGUGUUACAUUAUGGGAAUUAUUUACAUACGGGUUCCAGCCAUGGGCAGGAUUAACUGGUCAACAAAUAUUAGAAUCAAUAGAUGCACCAAACUGCCAAAGAUUAGAGAGACCAGAUUUAUGUCCUAAAGAAUACUACCAGAUAAUGACCAAAUGUUGGGAACAUGAUCCAGAGAGACGUCCAUUAUUCAGUGAAUUAUUUGUAAUGUUACCUCAGAUGAGACCUGUCCAAGUUAAAGCUAUGAAAGAUUUCCCAGAAGUCGUUGUACCUAAGGACUUCCUGUAUUAUAAAUCAUAUGAUGUCAUAUAUGUUUUAGAUAAAAACCCAGAAGAUUGUCCGAAGCCAGGAUUCUGGAAGGGGGUACUUGGAAAUGGUAAAUGUGGAUAUUUUGAUCCAGCUAAUGCUAUGCCAAUAAUUGAACACAAGAAUAGUCCUAGUGUGUCAAAAAGUAUCAACAGAAAAGAAUCAAAACGGGAAAAUGGUGAUGCAAAAAUAAAACUAGCACGUAAAGAAUCUAAAAGAGAGAGUGGAAGUUCAUUCUUCUCUAAUAUACGACUAAGUCGUAAAGACUCUAAAAGAGAAAACCAGGAAUCAAACACACCUAAAAUUAAACUCAGUCGAAAAGACUCUAAAAAGGAAAAAGAAUUGGACACACCUAAAGUCAAACUUUCAAGGAAAGACUCUAAAAAAGAAAAAGCUGAUUCAGACCAACGUAUGGUCAAACUUGUAAGAAAAGAAUCGGACAAGAAAGAAAAAUCGCCCAAAAAGGGUAAAAAAGAGUCAAACAGGAAGUCAUUACGGAAGUUCAAUGCCGAGAUGAUCAGUGGUCCACAGAAUGAUCUUCGUCACACAGGACAUAUUGGUUAUGAUGGUGCUAUUUUCGGUGAUGUUGGUUUCAUUGGUGAUAAUUACGACAAAUUGCCAGUCAAAGUAGCUAGUACAGGGAAAGAAGGUGAAAGUCGUAUAUCAACAGUGAGUCUAAAUCGAGAUGAAAAUGGACAUAAUAUGAAUGGAUCUCUGGGUACAAAUGGUCACUCAUGGAUAAGUCAGGAAUCUAUAGAUAGUCAGUUUGUAACCAGGACAGAUGAGGUAGACAGUGGAGAUUUCCAGUAUCAAGAUAUAGAUGACGAUUCUAUAUUUGCUGACUUCAAAAUGCCUGACAUUUCGAGUUCUUUUGAUUUCGGACCAUCAUUUAUGGAUGAAGUAUUAAAAGCAAUAAAUGACAAAGAGGCAAAGUUGGCAAACUCAUCUUCGAAUGAUUCAUCUGCAACUACAACACCUCAACAUGAAUCACCUCCUAAACUGAUGAUGAAUGGAAGAGGAUCAAAAUCACCACCACCACCACUUCCUGUUCAGCCACCUAGACUAGAACCCCGUAGUAAGGAGCCUCCUAGACCAGAACCACGGAAACAAGCCAAGGUCAAACCGAUGUCAGCAUCUGAUGAAAAAAUGAUAGAUGAUGCCAUUGCCAUGGCAAAUGAAUUAAGCUCUCGUUCUCAUAUGUCAACAUCACAAGAACCUUCAUCGCCUGAUAAAUAUCAGUCGGAUUCAGAAAGUGAUUCAGGAUCACCACAGAAUGGAUCAAGAUUUAAAUUCUCAUUUAAACGUAGUCCUAAAUUUGAUCGUCAGCGUACUUUCUCUGAGGAGAUAAAAAAUAAAGCAGAUCAAGUAGAAAAUGUUCCUCCUGGAGCAAUGGAAGCUUAUAACCAGUUAGUUAUGAGAGGUUCUGUUAAGGAAAAAUCUGGUACUUCAUACUCACCUGAAGAAAGGGAAGUUACUCCACCUAAAAGAGAGGUUACUCCUGUUAAAAGGGAGUUAACUCCAGUUAGAAGAGAGAUAACUUCAGUUAAAAGAGAAAUAAUUCCUGCAAAAAGAGAAAUAACUCCUGCAAAAAGAGAAAUAACUCCUGCAAAAAGAGAUAUAACUCCUAUUAAAAGAGAAGUUACACCAGAAAGAAGGGAGGUUACUCCUGUACAUCAAGAUAGUACAUAUGGAGUGCCUCUUGCAAUGAUAGAUGACUUUGAUUUAGAACCACCUGAAAUGAGUUUCAAUCAAUUUACAGAGAUGAGUUAUCAUCAGAAGCCAGUUCCAAAGCCACGACCUGACAGCAAACGAUCUGAAAUACCAAUUCCUGCACCAAAACCCAGACCAGAAAUAAUACAGAGAGUAGAACCUGUGCCUCGUCCACAAAAACCACCGCCAGAAAUUCCACAGGAAUAUGAUCUGAAAGUAAAACUGCCAGAGGAUGAGUAUAGACCUAAAAUUUUAGACACUUCUAGUGAACAAACAUCAGAGUGUGACUCUGAAGACAUUAAAAAUAAUGUAGAAGUGUUAAGGAUUGAUGAACCUGAUUCAGACAAUGUUCAUACUGAUUCUGGUACUGAGUCAGUGAAUAGUGCUACUGAAGUGAAUCGUCAGGAUGAUUCUCGUCAUGAUUCUUACAAUAAAUCUACCAGUCUUUUUGUUGGGGAGGAUUUCUCUGAACCUUCUCCUCGUGAAAUCAUGAACAAACUUGCAAGGGAGAGUAGAAUUAGACGCUCCCUUGAUCAUCAAAGAGGAGUAAUUGGCAGUAGUGAGGAAGGACCUUCUCGUAAUAUUCGUGAACCACAAGGUAUUCCUGGUAAAGGAGCUAUGUCCUCAUCCAACGGUGGGGAUGAAGAUGUGGAAACUAACCCUUUAAGAAUGUUAAGAGGUGGUGCUAUCCCCAUACGUGGAGGUCGUGUUGGUCAAGGGAGAAGAACUGCCAGGAAGUAGAGAUGAUGAGAUCUGUGUUUAAAAAUGAGAUUAGUGUUGAAGAUUGCCAGCAGGCCCUAACAGAGACUAAAUGGAAUGUUCCCAUGGCAAUAAAAUAUGUCAAACUCAAACAAUUAUUAAGUGCUCAACUUGGGGACAUAACCCUUUGUAAAGAAGCCUUAAUGGCAUGUGACUGGG